CCACGUAAUAAUUUUUKGAGAUCUAAUCAAGAGCGGUUGGACAAGGUGUACAAUAGGUACUUGCUGGACAUGGAGAGGAAUCCAAGCUUAAGGAGGAGGAAGAGAGAGCUAGGAAGGACAAGGAGGAAGAAGAGAAGAAGGAGGAAUGGAGGAAAGAACGAGAGAAGUUGGAAUCAGAAAUGUCUGCGAGGAUCGAUAUGCGAAUGGAUGCGGUGUGCAAGUCGGUUAAGGUCAAUCGCCCAACUGAGGGAGAGUGCAGCGCGAAGGGUGAGGACGAGGUUGCCCGACUGAAGCGGGAGAACGAAGAGCCCAAGCGGGCUCUGCGGGGUGACACAGAUGAUGGGAAGGUAUGUAAGCUAGAGCGGGAGAUUUUGGAGUUGCGUAAGCAGGUGAACGAAAAGGAGAGUAAGAGAGACGAGAUUGUGGCACUCACGCAUGAGAUCCAGCAACUGCAUGAAUCGGCGGUUAAGGAGCAGGAGUUAGCCGGGCUUAAGAGGCAGUUAGAAGAUCUGCGAAUUGAAGCGCGUCAGUGGAAAGAUGAGGCGCUGAGGCCAGGAAACAAACGAGGCAGCAUCGCUUUGUCUACCCCGGAUGCUAAUGCGCGGGCGUCACCUAUGCCACGUCGCACUUGUGAAAAGGAGCAGGAGCAAGAUUGGAGAUCGGAAUAUAGGAAGCUGCAAAGUUUGCGCCGAGCAGAUUUUGUCGAAGUGGAGGCGCUUAAGAGAAAGAAGGCACAGACUCAGAUGGAGGUUGUCAACCUGCAGAAGCAGAUGAACGAACGGAACGCUAUUGAGGUUGGAAAGGAGAUGACGCCGGGAGGAACCAAUCUGAAGGAGAGAUUGGAGGUUGUUGCGCUUGGGACAGCCCGGAAAGGUAGGAAAGCCACUCCGAAUCGAGAGGGGCUGAGGCCUACACCGCGCCGUGAGGAAGAGCCCAACUCGAAGCAGGAAUGUAAUGAUCGCACUACUUUUGUUGAAGAGCAAACCAAGUUUUUGAAGAUGAUGAGGAAGUYUGCGUUGGAACAAAUCUGCAAGGAGGCGGGGCUGAAGGCUGGGAAAGUGGAUGAAAUGAUUGAGGAUAUUGUGCAAUUCCGGGUUAAGAAUGCAUUUGGAAAGAAAGACGAGAAGGAGCCGGUGGAGGUUGUAGACGUUGAAUCGUCGCAUGACGAAUCCACAAGUGGUGGUGACGAAGUCUCCCUUGAGCUCUAGUGAAUCUCCCGAACGUGGCUACCUUGUGGUCAUUGGCCUUGCUUUGUAGGCAACGUAGAUCUUCCUUUAGUUCAGUUGUUGGGACGCAYUCCUUUCCUCCGUCAUUGGUAAGUGUYRGUGCUUCUCUUUUGUYCGGGUCUUUUYGGUGCUCGGCUUCUCUGUCCACUCAGGGAGUGUCUUCCGAGGAUUGUCUGAUACGUGACAAGGAGUUCAAUGCCUUCUUUCGUUUGGUGGUGAUUUGGCUUAUAUUGAAGGGGGAAGUUCCGUGGGCUACUAAAUUUGGCUCGUAUUUACCUGAGCUUCURUAUUCG